AUGGCAUCACUUUUUGGCGUACUUUGUACUUUUAUGAUGGUUUUUUUGGCGACCACGGAUACUUCUGUUGAAGGUGCUAGGGAAUUCAGAGUUGGCGAUCACUUGGGUUGGCAUGAACCUGACUCCAACAAUACUGCAUUUUAUACUCAAUGGGCUGCAAGGAACAGGUUUCAAGUUGGUGACUCCCUUGUUUUUGAGUACCAGAAUGACUCGGUUCUGGUUGUGGAGAAAUGGGAUUAUUUUCAUUGUGACUCAAGUGACCCCAUCAUUGCAUUUGACAAUGGGAACAGCACUCUCACUCUUGAAAGGUCUGGUUUCUUCUACUUCGUCAGUGGAGAUGAUGAUCAUUGCCAGAACGGUCAGAAAUUAAUUGUAGAGGUGAUGUCACCACAUCCAAUUUAUAGCUCUCCACCCUCCAUUUCUAUUCCACCAGAAGGUUCCUCUGCAAUGGCUCCUUCAUUAUCUUCUCAUGGCUUACGGCUUUCAGCCUCCAUGGUGCUUGGUUCAGUCUUUAUGGCUCUUUUGGCCACAUUUGUAAUUGUGUUCCUUUCAGCACCCUGA